AAAUCGAAACUCUUGGCUGAAGUAAAUGGCACCAUUUUUGCUCCCGAAGAUUUCACACAGCAUUGUGAGCUUUCCACAAGUACUGGGGUUGUUCUAAAAUCAAAUCUCGCUAAACACUUCCCCAAUUUCAACAUUGACAUGCUCAUUGGAUACUUGUUUCAUCUCGAGCUAGCCGUUCCCAUUGAAGACAAAAUAGUGCUCAGUCUUAUCGACAAGCAUCUUCCUGCAACUGCUGUGUCCGUCUCUGGAGGCUUCAUCUUCUGUCCAGCACUGAUCCGAUUGGUAGCUUCCAGCGAACCAAUGGCUACCACUAUUAAUUUCCAGUACAGUUUCAACUGGUCCCUGGCCUGUGCACACAAUGACCAUUUUUUCAACCCUCGAUUUCUUCACGUUCUUCUCCUUCGACUGUCUCUGUCGCUUGGUCUUGCUCCAGUGGUGGACACUGACAAUCCUGCCUUGCAAGGUCAAUGCUCAGUCUGGAAGACUGGUGUGUGUUGGGUCACUGAGGAUGGAAUCAGAGCCCGUGUUGAGGUGAUGGAGAUGAAGAGUGUCACUAUUCAACUACAAGCACCUAAGGUCUCGUUAGAUGUACUCGAUGUACGAUCCACUGUUAUCAACAAAGUGGUUGAAGCUGCUCGUGAGUUUUGCCCCAAUAUAGACACGGACGAACGGUUGUUACCUUCCACUGACAUCGCUGGUGCUCCAUUGUUUAGUAUGAAAUCUGUUGCUAAAAGCAUUUCUUGUCAGAAGGAAUUCGUUAAAUCUACCACCAGCACACAAGUUGUACCCGUGGGUGAGCUGCUGCAAUCUGAGGUGUACGCUGAUCUCGGUGAAAAUAUUUUACAAGCUCUAUGCAACGAAGGUGACCCAGCACACGAUGAGAAACUCUCUGAUGGACUGCUCUCAGCUCUUUCAUCUUAUUGGAGCAAGAAUCGUGAACUAUCAGACAUUGUUUGUUCAGUUGUUUCACAUGGAAUGAGUGGCAGUCUAGAGCAUGCCCUGAGGGUGUGGAGGGACAGUGGUGACGGGACUUGCAGAGCAUUGAGACUGAUUCUGGAUCCACUCAGUGUCUUCUCUGGGAAGAACCCUCUCGUUUUGGCUGGUGUUGCUCCUAUGUUAUUUUGUGAAAACAUGUUGCCACAGCAACCUGAUGACUCGACUGAACUGUCACCCAGUCCAAGCACACACGAAGCCACACAGACGACUAUUGAGGAGAGGAAUGAAGUCAGACAACCCUCGAGCCUUGGUGAAUCAGUGGUGAGUGGUCUAACACUGGCUGCUCUAAAGAGGAGGACUGGAGUCAGUGACACACAGUUGGACACCGAGGUCAUAGAACACGACAUUCAUAUCCUAGCCGGCUGCUUCGAUAAUCUAGAGAACUAUCUCGAUCAGUUACGCUUGUCUCCCGGCCAACAAACUCACCUUCAUGAUCUAGCUGUCAAACGAGACAUUCAAACUGCAAUGGCGAAAGCUUUGAAGCUGUGGCGUGCCCCGAACCCUCUUGUUGCCACGUUCCGAGCUCUGUUGAUCAUCUUACUGGAUCUCAAGAGAGGAGACGUGGCUGUUAGGGUGUGUCAGUACAUUGUCGACAGAGUUCCACAAUAAUUAAUUAUACACUCAACACUUUCCUAGUAUAGUCUCUGCUGUGUGUUUAGUACCACACUCACAAGAAUAUCCUUUAAUCCUGUUCACAUGCACCUUCUAGUUUUUGUACUCAUGCACUAAGUCUUAUAUUUACAGAUUAUUAUGCACACAGUUGUAUAGUUAAUUAACAUCAC